AUGCCCGGAAUACUCCUAUCCGAAAACCAUGUCGGUCUCGCGCUCCCCUUCGAACAAGAAGGCUACACCUACGAAUGCACCCUGUUCCGGGUAGACGAGACGACCAUUGCCCCAGCGGCCUUCGUCGACUACCGGGUGGACCCCACAGGACACCCAGACUUCACCACCAUCCUCACGCACGAGGACUGGGAGAUCGACGAGUACCACCUGGCGUUUGCCGUAGCCCGCAGCCAGCUCCAAAAGGGGACGCACUUCGACGUGGACCGGCCGUGCUUCGCGGUCCUCGUCUACGAGGGGCGCCGGGACAAGACUCGCCUCUACCGGUGCACGUACCGCCGGGCGACUGAAACCACCACCACCGGCACCACCGAUGGGGCCGGGGACUCCGAGAUUAUGGUCGCCUCCUGCGAGGAGGUCGAGGUGCCGGACCCCUGCGACUUGCACCGUCAGGUUACUUCGCGGUUGGCUGCCAGGGCCAAUGCCGCUGAAAACGACGAAGACAUCCGGUCGAUGGUUGCUAGGCAGGCUCCGAUUACCAACGUGGUGGAAUGGUCCGAGCACUUGGAUAUUAGGCAGACGGUGGAGGAGCGCAUUCGGGAUGAUAUGCAGGAACGCAGCUUGAACUGGGAGUAG